AGUUUCUAUUUUGGCUGUAAAUUCAUUUUAACGUGGCACUGCUGGCAUUUUCUUGUCAAUAUUAUUUGGAGUCUUGCAAACGGACGUAUAAAUUUCAAUAGUUUUUUACCUUUUGAAGUCGGCACACAAAUAUCCUUCGAUAGUUAAAUUAUUAUUAUUCUUUAUUUUGUUUCACGUAGUUUAAACUAGGAUCGAAGUUCCUUGUAUAAAUUGCAUUAUAAGUGUACACGCCCAAUUGCCAUUUGCAAAGGAAGCGCAGUAAAUUUUCAAGUAAUAGUCAAAUUUUAAACACCUAAAUACCAAAUUUUGUGUGUGGAGAGCACGCAACCCGAGCAACAAAGCAUUUGAGCAUUUCAGCAUUCCAGACCAUCAGAAUAUCAAGACACUUGAGACCAUGUUGGGAAUUGAGGAACUUUAUAUGAGAAAGACGCCAAGUGCUCUGCCAAGUGGGUCGCCCACGCAGGAGACAUUUGAAUUUGGCAUCAACUAUGACGGCAAAGCCAUCGGCAAUAACACCACCAGCAACAAAACCAGCAGCACCAGCAAAUCUUCCAACAUCACCAUUGACGAGAACCUUGGCAUGAUGGCAGCUGGUGAUGGCGAUGGCAGACAGAACUUGGCAUACGACAAUAACUCGAGCAACAACAAUAACGCAAGCCAAUGCAAUUGCAAUCCAAUCACACUGAACGAUCUGCUUGGUUUGUGUGGCGGCAGCGGCCCUGCAAUCGCAGCCCAGGCAACAACAGCACCAGCCCCAACAAAAGUAGCAACAACGGCAGCAGGCAUUGCAAGCGGCGCCGGAGGUAACGGCAGCAGCAGCAGCAGCGGCGUUAAUAACUUGCUACUUGGCAAUUCGGCGACUGCUGCAGCUGCCGCUGUCGCUGCCACUGGCGAUUGCGGUCAAUUGUCAGCGACUGCAGUGUCCUAUGCACCACUGACACCGAGCUCAACUCAGUCCUCGGCCUCGCCAGGCACCAAGUCAAGUUUUGAUUACUUUCAGUUUGAAAAUGUUGCACAAAGUAACCCACUUAAGGCUUUCCAAAGAUCAAACAUCAGCUUCGAUUGCUCUGCACCCUUAUCGCCAAGUACGCCUUCAUCUAUUUACAAUCGCUCCUUUCACAGUUCACCUUUAGUCAGCGACAGCAGCAAUUCCUCCAGCGCCAAUGGUUUAUCGUUAGAUUCGAUUAAUAUGCUUUAUCAGCAGCAGAGCUACAGCAACUUGAGCGGCACUAACAGCGGUAAUCUCGGACUCAAUUUACAAAAUGCAUCCACGCGAUCGAAUUCACCGGAGAGUCAGAACAGCAAUCAAUCCUUCAACGAGCCAAAUCUCUUGGAUAUGAUUAAUCUGCUCUCAGUGAACAGCAACAAGCUGCAGCAUCAGCAACAGCAACAGCAGCAGCAACAACAACAGCAGCAGCAGCAAUUACAACAGCAACAACAACAACAACAGGCUCAACAUCAUCAUCAGCAGCAGCAGCAACAACAACAGCAGCAGCAGCAAUUUGCCAACAUUAAUCGAAACUAUGAGUCGCAGCUGUUAAGUGGAUCGCAACAAAAUUUUGAUUUGAGCAACAACGAUUGCCUGAAUCAAUGUAGUCUAGAUAACUUUUCCAUUGUGGACAUGGAGCUGGCAAAGCUGCAGAAUCUGCAGCGCAUCAAUACGCUCAAAUUGCUGCAAGCACAAACGCAGCAAAUGCCGUUGCUUAAUCAACUGCUACAAAGCUAUGCAAGCAAUUUGCCUACUGCCGGCAGCUCAAACAGUCUGAAUAACACUUCAAGUGCUAGCUUGGGCAAUCUAGUGGGUGGUACUGGCAGCACUGUGGGUGUAGCACCAAGUUCUAUUGGCAGUAAUAGUGAUUGGCAUCUGGAUCGUGUCGCCAAGUUUUAUAAGAACUCGGCCGCAAUAUGUGAAGCAACAUGUACUUGGAGUGGCCAACUGCCGCCACGUUCGCAUCGCAUGUUGAACUAUUCGCCUAAAGUGUUUUUGGGCGGUAUACCGUGGGAUAUCAGUGAGCAAUCAUUAAUACAGAUCUUUAAACCCUUUGGCUCAAUUAAAGUGGAAUGGCCCGGCAAGGAACAGCAGGCUGCACAACCCAAAGGAUAUGUGUACAUCAUUUUCGAAUCUGAUAAACAGGUGAAAGCCUUGCUCUCAGCUUGCGUAUUGCAAGUUGAUGAUUCGCAUAGUGGCAGCAACUAUUUCUUUAAGAUUUCCUCUCGGCGCAUCAAAUCCAAAGAUGUGGAAGUAAUACCCUGGAUUAUAGCCGAUUCCAACUAUGUACGCUCCAGUUCCCAAAAACUGGAUCCCACUAAAACGGUUUUCGUGGGUGCCUUGCAUGGAAAACUAACUGCCGAGGGCUUGGCAACAAUAAUGGAGGAUCUAUUUGAUGGUGUGCUUUAUGCUGGCAUUGACACGGAUAAAUACAAAUACCCAAUUGGCUCCGGACGAGUUACUUUCAGCAACUUUCGUUCGUAUAUGAAAGCUGUAUCGGCUGCCUUCAUUGAAAUUCGCACCACCAAAUUUACAAAGAAAGUUCAGGUGGAUCCAUAUCUGGAAGAUGCUUUAUGUUCAAUUUGUGGCGUCCAGCACGGGCCUUACUAUUGUCGUGAAUUGUCUUGUUUUCGUUACUUUUGCCGCAGCUGUUGGCAAUGGCAACACAGCUGUGAGAUUAUUAAGAAUCACAAGCCAUUGACACGUAACUCAAAGUCGCAAACAUUGGUGGGCAUUGGGCCUUCGACGUCUUCCUCCACGAUUUCGUUGACGUCCUCGGGUAACCGAAUGAAUAUGGAUCAGAAACUGCAGCAACAUGGUCAUCAUAAUAACCAGCAGCAGCAGCAACCUCAACAGCAACAGCAGCAGCAGCAACAAAAACGUAUUCAGCUCCAGCAACAUGCCAAUCAGCAGGCAAACAACUUAAACCUUUUGUCAAAUGCAGGUGCCAACAACGCUGCAGCCAACUCAUUGUACAAAUAUCAGCAACAUCAGCCGACGAUAUAAGCGUGUAUCUACUCCAAACUUUGUGCGCACUUUUAGCGUGCCGUUUUAACAUAGUUCCAUAUUUAUGUUCAUCAUGGGAUGUAAUUUUGAAUUUUAAGUGAUACCAAAAUUUUUGCACUUUUAGGCAACAGGAAGCUUAACCUUUCCGAAUGGACAGAUUUGGACAAAAAUUAUUUGUGUUGCACACCCAAUCACAAUGAACCUUGUAAAGUUAUUCAUUUAUUUGAUGUAUUUACUUAAACGGUACGAUAUUUAGUAUAUGUACAUAUACACUUUUUUCUUUUAGGCUAUACACACGAGCAUUUCUCACAUAAUCAACUCGUAUAAAUAAUAUUUUUUGAUAAUCAUGCUUACAUAUCAGCAUUUGAAGCGGGCAUUCGAAUGCCAAUCGAAACCGCCAGCUACUUGAAAUGGGCCAUUUCAAUUACGUUUCUCUAUUUUUGGCUAAGAAAGCUGUUCCUAUUUUCCAUUCAGUAUUUAUCUAAUUUAAGACUCUGCCAUUCUGGAAACUGGAAACUGCACAAAUUAUUUUUGUUUAGCUUUUCCUUCCCGUUAUUAAGUUUAUAUAUAUUUUGUUAUUGUGCUAUUAAUCAGAAAUUUUAUAGCUUCUGUUUUUAUUAGCCAAGCGCAGAAAUAUUUUUCUGAUUUGUCCGUAAAGCGUUUAUCACAAAUUCCAAUUUUUAAGUACGAUUUAAAAGUUGAGAAUUUAUCAAUUGGUCUUAAGUUUUGUCACACUGAAUUUGUUAUAUAGUUAAUGUUUAGUUUAUGUUUUUCAUAGAUUUAAAGAUUUUUUUGUUGAACAUUUA